AUGGGAUCACACAGGGAAAGAAAACAACCACAACAGGGGGGUCCCUCCAGGGAUCCUCUCGGUUCUGUGUCGUCGUCGCUUGCGAAUUUGACAAGGCCCGAACUGUACUCGAUAUAUGAUUCCGGGGUUGUGCUGGAGUCCGAGGGCAUACAGGACGUGAACGAGGCGAAGUACCGCUCAGCUACGGCGGGGGUGGGCCCGCAGACGCUGCGUCCAAGGGGCAAGAUCGACGCCACAACGCUUGUCGUGCUCGCACUCUCGGGGAUAGUGUAUCACGAGCUCGCCAGGAUGAUGCAUGACAACCACAAGCUGCACGAGGACAUCAUAUCACGCCCGCUGCUUGUUGGGGUGCACUUUCUGGACUGGGCUGUCGGCGGGUCGCUUGGCAUCAGCAUCCCCACUUGGGUCGGCUAUGCGCUCGAGGGAGUGCUCUUUGGACUCAGCGUGCCCGUCUUGGACCGGUAUCUCCCCGAAUCGCGGAUCACUGGUACUGGUGGUUCCGGGACGUCACCGCGGGGGGACUCUCUAUUCAGUGUAUUGCGCACUGUGAACUCGAUGCUCGGUAUCACUUUCGGGAUUCGCAAGAUCAAAUGGGCGUCCUCGAUGCAAGCCUCUGUCGCGUGGCUUUCGUUGAACUUCAUGCUCUGGUUGUUGCUGGAUAGCACGGUACCGUUGCUUCUGCAUAGCGCGACACUGGGCUGCCUCGUCUCUGCGCUGUCGUCACAGGGUGCGGGUCCCGCUGUUCAUCUCCCAGAAGUGCUGUACCUGUUCGAUUUCUACUUCUUGGGGUUCCUCGUGUUCGGUAAGUUGGGAAGGUACUUGACGUACCGUCACGGGUACACGCACUAG